UCGCAGGGAACCAAACAUUAAGACAACCUUUUACGCAUGGUUAAUGCUUACGUUACCUAAAUCUUAUGCCAUGAUGAAUGAUACUAAGUGUGACUGUUCCGUCCACCUGGCGCGUGUAACCUGUUGAUAUGCCAAACUCCAGUACAGCUGCAUCUGUUUGUGCGUGUGUCGUAUAUGUGGCGUCCCCGUGAGCAAAUUAAGCCGAAUUUAAUUUUAAUUUGCGCCGGGAAGGUGUCAUAUUCUUUUUGGUUGUCAUGGAAAUGAGAUGCCUCUCAUUCACACGAUGAAUAGUGGUGUCGGAUGCACUAAUGGUCUGUGUGGAGAAUAACCUACAUUCAGACAGGGUCUGGGAGAGGGGACGUAAAGCCAUGUGUUGUGUGAUCUGGGGGAGUGAUACACACGCAUGACACGGGGCGUUUGGUGCGUGUGAGAGCACUGGGUGUGUUUUCCUGCGCCGUGUCAAUAAUAAGUGAAAGGCGUUUGCCAAAUUAGGCCGAGACGUGGAUUCGUGAAGUUCCUGCCUUGUUGUUUUCCAACUAGUCCUAAAUCAUCUGCGUUCUCCGGCUGAUGGUCAGACCAAACACGUUAGUAGUCACGUUGUGUCGGCGAGGACUCGGCCCUUCCUCCCAUUGAUCGCAAGAGAAUCAGCACACGCGGCCAUUCAACAGAGAGCCACAUCGAAUUGUCAAAGUUGCGCUGUGAAAUAUUUCCUACGAACAUCCGAGGACAACACACACAUUGUAAGCUAUAGCUGUGCCAAGCCUCGAGGCAGUCAUCAUGGUUUAUUAUAAAAAAUGCUAAGUUAGGGUUCUCUAACUUUACCUUUCUUUCUUUCUUUCUUUCUUUCUUUCUUUCUUUCUUUCUUUCUUUCUUUCUUUCUUUCUUUCUUUCUUUCUUUUUACGCACGCACGCACGCACGCAGACUCUUCUGAUAGUCUCCCUCUCAACGCUGAUUUACAGUACUCACAUAUUUCUCUGGUCACUCCUUUAUGUCCUCUCCUUUCUCUGUCUCUGUUUGCUGGGAGCCUCGCGCUGUCCGGACUUAUUGGCGAGAGGGGCUACCGGGGGCUACCGGCGCUCCGGGGCGCGUGCUUCGCAGCUCUUGUGUCGUUCUCUUGGUUACCGGGACGCGCAGGGCCAGAGCCCCACCGAUCGGCUCGGCCCGAGAAGAAAGCGGGAGGGAACCUGUUUGUUCAUCCAGAAAAAAAAAAUGCGCCGAACGUCUCACUUUACAGAAAAAGUUUGUUUUGUAAAAGUGGACAUGGAGCUCCGUUGACGCACAAUUACGGUGUUAACGCCACACGUUUAUUAACCAGGGCUUUCUGGCUUAUCAUUCAUAAAUGUUGUUGCCACUUUUUCAGGUUUUCCUUUAACACAAACGUCUACACGGUGAUAUUAAUAACGUUUAUGUUCCAAUUUAACCGUGAUAAUUAAAUGCAACACAGUCCACGUCGUUCGCCGGUUUCUUUUUUGGUUCAACAUUGCCAAAUUCUUUGUGGAGCAUUACGUCAAAAAAAACGUAUCAUGACCAAAUCACCAAGCAUCCGAAGAGUUCAUAAGGCCCCAAUGUUUCCUUUCAAAAGGGGUCUGAGAGUUCAGAGUAGCUGAAUCUGACACAAAGUGGGUGAGUUUGAUCUGGUGAUCAAAGAUGAGCGAUGACAGCGGCUGCAGGUGCGCGUGACCCGGACAGUCGUCUGCGGCUUGUCAAUGGACAGUAUUGAUUUGCGGCGUAUGGUCGAGAUUGAGCAGUCUCUCGGCUUGACUGUUUCCCACAGGCUCCGUGGGUCCGUGUGUGUUGCAGAAAGAGAGAGAGGGACCGUGUGCGUGCGUACAGAUAUGUAUAUGUAUGCGCGUGUGUGACAGAAAGGGGGCGCUCUGGGCCGUCAAAUCCACUGGCCGCGUCCAGUCGGGCUGCUGUGAGAGCGAGCAGGAGACGCGUCGCGCGCAGAAGUCCGCUGCUUUAGUUUCGAGUCAGACUCCCGACACUUUCUCGAUUUCAUCCCCGUGGAUGAACCCUGCGCCGGCGAAUACGGCGGUGAUCAGAGGCAAGGCGCGCGAGGAGGCUGCGGCACAGACUGCUUUCAUAAAAGUUGUCACUUUUCAAGACACAGGUUCGGAAGAGCGCGCCCAGCCGAGCUCGGAGCCCCGGCGACUGGACACUUUCUCUGCAAAGCCCGCCGAGUCCUCCCCGCUCCAGGAGCCCUUUCCCAGCCGCAGCCACGCCACCCCUCAACCCCGGACACCCAGCACCAUUCAGCGCGAAGCUUUUUCACCAGAUCUAUGGCAUUCUGACAAUGAACAAGCGCACUCAGUUAUUGGAACAGCUGCAGUUUGUCCAGUUGAAAUGCACACCUCGAGACAUGCCCUGUGUGCAGGCUCAGUACGGGCCCGCUGCUCCAGGCUCCGCCUACUCUGGCCAGUCCUUCAGCUACCAGAGCGACAGCUACGGCUCUGACCUCAUGACCCCGGACUACACCAAGCUGGACCUGGGCGGCGGCGAGAUCUCCGCCGCCGCCACCACCUCGCUGCCCAGCUUCAACGUGUUCGUGGAGGGCAGCUACGAGCCCAAGUCGUCCUGCCUGUACCAGAUGCCCGCCCGGCCCGCCAUCAAGAAGGAGGAGGACGAGAGCUACCUGAGCGCCCCGCCGCUGGAGGCCAUGUCGUCCUCCUCCAUGUACUUUAAACAGUCGCCGCCCUCCACUCCCACCACCCCGUCCCUGCCGCCGCAGCCCGGCGCUUCCUUCCUGUGGGAGGAGCACUCUCUGGCCCCGCCCCACUCCCACUCCCUGGGCUCCGGCCUGGACGCGGGGCCCCUCAAGUCUCCGCGCUUCUCCCACUUCUACCAGCACUCGCCGCCGCACAGCGGCGGCAGCGGCGGCGGCUACGAGGGCCUGGGCGGGGGGCUGGUGCGCACCUCCUCCUCCUCCUCGUCCUCCUCAUCGUCCAUCUCGCACCCUCACGGCCCCGCCCUGGAGCAGCCCAUGUACUCGCUGCACCGCGGGGCUGGAGGGGGCAGCCUCGCCUUCCGCUCGCUGGCCCUGGGGCCCUGCGGGCCCCUGCUGGGGGACGGCCUGCCGUCGCCCCCCCCACGCGGCCCCCAGGGGGAGGGCACCUGUGCGGUGUGUGGGGACAACGCGGCCUGCCAGCACUACGGCGUCCGCACGUGCGAGGGCUGCAAGGGCUUCUUCAAGCGCACCGUGCAGAAAAACGCCAAGUACGUGUGUUUGGCCAGUAAGAACUGUCCAGUGGACAAGAGGAGACGCAACCGCUGCCAGUACUGCCGCUUCCAGAAGUGUCUGAGCGUUGGCAUGGUGAAGGAAGUGGUGCGUACCGAUAGCCUGAAGGGGCGCCGGGGCCGUCUGCCCUCCAAACCAAAGAGUCCCCUGCAGACGGAAGCGUCUCCCCCGUCCCCACCCCUCAGCCUGCUCUCCGCUCUGCUCAGGGCCUAUUCCCACAGCACGCCCCGGGACCUCGACUACAGCCAGUUCAGCGCUGCAGACCCCCCCUCGUCGUCCUCGGAUGCCGAGCACAUCCAGCUCUUCUACAGACUGCUCACCAUCUCGAUGGAGACCACGCGGUGCUGGGCCGACCGGCUGCCGGGCUUCACGGAGCUUCAUCGGGAGGACCAGAACUUGCUCAUAGACUCAGCCUUCCUGGAGCUGUUUGUCCUGCGGCUGGCGCACAGGUCGAUGCUGUCCGAGGAUAAGCUGGUGUUCUGCAACGGCCUGGUGCUGCACAGGUUCCAGUGCCUUCGCGGGUUCGGGGAGUGGCUGGACUCCAUCCGGGACUUCUCCAAUCACCUCCAGAGCCUCAGCCUGGACGCCUCGGCCUUCGCCUGCCUGGCCGCCCUCGUGCUGCUCACAGACCAAGUGCCAGGUCUGAAGGAGCCAAAGCGAGUGGAAGAGCUGCAGAACAAAGUGAUUUGCUGCCUCAGAGACCACCUGGGCUGCGGCCCUUCUUCCUCCUCGUCCAAGUCGGCGCCGCCGCUCAGUCGCCUGCUGGGCUUCAGGGCGGAGCUGCGUUCCCAGCGAACCCAGGGCCUUCAACGAAUUUUCUACCUGAAGCUGGAGGACCUGGUACCGCCCCCUCCGUUGAUUGACAGGUUCCUGGACACGCUGCCCUACUAGGCGCCCUGGCUGGAAACAGAGGAAAGCCAACGUCACGUCCUGUUCGGGCCUUUUUUUUCCUCGGCAGGAGAACGCACACGCAUUCAGCAGAGCGACGCCAAUCCUCUGGCUGAUGCAGAGCAGAUACAAGGCCGAUCCAACGCUUUUCACACAACGGGACGACUCGUCGAGAACGGCUUUCCAGGAAAAUGGACAACCAACUAAAUGUUUUUCACCAAUAUAAAAGAGAGUUACUCAAACUAUUUACCACUUUUUAUUUGCGCCUCCUGUUUUACUCAUGGAGGACAGGACAGACGAUGGAGAAAUGACUUCCUGUUGUCCUCCCUCCGCCUGGAUGGCGGCUCAUCCAGCAGAAAAAGAAACAGCGCAAAUGUUCAUGAGUACUGUUUGUGUGUUAUGGUCUGGCUCACCCAGCGCCAGGUGUGAUCAAAGGUGUUCAAAGCUAAAGACGUCCGGACGAAUCACAAGCGACUGUGCAUUCUAGUUCCUCUGCCGAGAGGAGGAGGGGUGUGUUUUCAUACUGAACUGUCAAAGGUCACGUCAGCGUAAGCGUCACGACGUGGGACACAGACACUUCAUAAACACGUGGAAACGACUGUUGAGUCGGGCUGUUUUCAAGUGCAAUUUCUAAAGUGCUAUCUCGACACAAAAAGGAAGAGACCGAGAGCAACAGUUUAAUUUCAAACUCUAAAUUAUUUUAAUACAAAGACCUGUUCUGUACUGUCAGUAGCGUGAGCAAAGCAAGGCGGCCUCCGUGUGGCCCUAGGCAGCAGUGGAGAUACUGUGCACUAAUGAUUGAUGACUGAGUCGCCCGGACUUGAACUCGCUCUAGUGUAUUGUUUUUUUAUUAACUCGUUUUGAAAUUAAUGGUUGAGUAGGGGGACACGGAGGAAGCAGCGUGGACAGAAAUUGGCUUUUGAAGCACUUAUACCCCGAGAAGGGCUAGAGGCACAGACACACACCCGACCUGCUCACCCGGAGGACGACGGGGGGGAGACGGGGGGGAGGGUGCUCGACAGAAAGCCGCACGUCCAGGGGUGAAAACAUUCCACGUUCAGGCCCUCGUUCUUCUCGUUUCUAUUGUGGAAAGCCGUGUCAGAGUGCGGGAGGCAUACCGUCUUUGUGUGUGUACGCUUAGAGAAGCCAGGAUCAUAUGCAUGGUGUGUUAUAAGCUGUCAAGAGCUGCCAUAGCCUGUCAAAACAGCUCGACCUGUGUUUGUGUCACAGCCUGUGGCUCUGCGGGGAUGUCCCCGGGCCUCCACCACCCACCCACACACUCACGGCAGCAGUUUGAAACAUGAAAAAAAAAGAAACGCAAAUUAUAUAAAUAUAAAUAUAAAUAUAUAUAUAUAUAUAUAAAUAUAUAAAACUAAUAUUUUGAAGUGUUUUUAGCUUUUUCAAAUAUUGUGGUACGAGUUGUGCAUUGUUUUUUGAAGAAGAGAAACAAAAAAGAAAAAAAGUUUUAAAAAAAAGCUGUUUUUCAAUGUCCCUCUUUGGUUUGAGUUUCCUGUUCGAUUUUUUUUUCUUUCUCUUUGGUUCACUGGAUUUUCUGUUCAGCACUUUGAAAUCAUAAACUAGUUCUGAUUAUUCUA